CCCUCCAACUAUAAAACAUAACCCAGUCGACAUACAAUUUUAUUAAACUCAUUAACGUUUAAACGGGUGAGCGUACAGACCCGAACGCACAUGAAACGAUGAAUCUGGUUUAUAAUGUCGUGUUCUUCUUAUCACUUGCCCUACAUUCCUCAGCUCAAGUUCCAUCGAAAUGUGGUGCGCCGUCGUCCUAUCCACACACGCAAUUCGAGGACAUAUACAUGAAACCGAAAAAGGGUAUAUUCAGCCAUGGAGAAAAAGUCCGCUACAGAUGCGCCGAGGGCUACACUCAGAACAGUGGCAUUCGCUCUAUCAAGUGUCAAGAUGGAAAAUGGACACAGUUAACCAUGAAGUGUGAAAAGAAGAACUGUGGAUCUGCUGGGGAGUUAUUCAAUGGAUACUUUCAUUAUAUGGGGACUUUGUUGGGGGACAAGGCAUAUGCACUAUGCAAUGAGGGGUUUACAAUGAAGGGGAUGGAAUACAGAAUAUGUAAGGACUCUGGCUGGAGUGGAGAGAUUCCCACGUGUGAAGAGGGAGGUGAACCACAAGUUGUUCAAGCAGAAGUGACCUGCCCUGCUCCUUCAGUGGCCAACAGUGUGAAGCUGAGUGAGACUGUCUCAGUGUACAGGGUCAGAGACUCAGUGACCUUGGUCUGCUCUGAGGGUUUCCUCCUGACUGGAGCCCAGCAGCUCACCUGUGGACCAGACGGCCAGUGGCAGCCCGAGCUCCCACUUUGUCUGCCCUCUGUCGGAGAGAUCACUUGCAAUGCCCCCAAGGAAAAGAGGGAGAGGUUGAUCAAUGGGUUGAAGCCAGUUUAUAGAUCUGGAGAUUCUUUGUCUUUUUCCUGCAAGGACCUUUAUUAUUUGGAUGGAUCAAACACUGUCACAUGUGGGGUUAAAGGAAAAUGGACUCCUUCUCUUCCACAGUGCACACAGAUUAAGUGCCCUAUAUUAAACAUAACAAAUGGUAGCCCAUCCAUCAAGCGUAGAAGACCUGGAUCAGAUGUAACCAUUUCCUGCUCUAAAGGAAACCUGCUAAAAGGUUCUGCCCACAUAAAAUGUUCAAGAUCUGGGGAAUGGAUGGAGGAGAUUCCACAAUGUGUGCCAGAGGGAGGUGAACCACAAGUUGUUCAAGCAGAAGUGACCUGCCCUGCUCCUUCAGUGGCCAACAGUGUGAAGCUGAGUGAGACUGUCUCAGUGUACAGGGUCAAAGACUCAGUGACCUUGGCCUGCUCCGAGGGCUUCCUCCUGACUGGAGCCCAGAAGCUCACCUGUGGACCAGACGGCCAGUGGCAGCCCGAGCUCCCACUUUGUCUGCCCUUUAAUGAUAUAAUUGAAAGCCCCAAGCCUGAUGGCAGAUGUGGAGUGCCACCGUACCUCUCCAACGCACACCUUUCUGACUGCUGUAGAGCACAGGCAGAUUUUGGUCCUGGUCACCAGGUCAGGUACAGUUGUGCCUUGGGAUACAUGAGAGUAAGAGGCACUUACUAUAGUACCUGCGUCAGUGGGAGGUGGACGCCAGUAACUCUGAGAUGUGAACGCAAAUCAUGUGGAUCAGCUGGAGAGAUGUCUUUUGGUCAUUUCGUCUAUACCGGUGCAGAGUUUGGAGAUACAGCCACAGGGGUUUGUAAUGAAGGGUAUCAGCUGGUUGGACAGAAUGUAAGAAAUUGCAUGAAUGAUGGCUGGGAUGGGCGUGUUCCUGUCUGUGAAGCUGUACAGUGUGCUAAACUUCCUGAGGUGGUAAAUGGAGAGCUAAAUGGCCAUUUGGAACCACCUUACGUUUACAGCACUGUAAUUGGCUAUCGGUGUCGCGUAGGGAAACUGAUUGGAACGAGUGAGCUCUACUGUACCAAAGAUGGGACAUGGAGUGCGCCACCUCCAGAGUGCAAAGACAUUAAAUGUCCCUAUCCCAGAGUACAAUAUGCCCAAAUGACAAGAGGGAUUAGAAUUCCACUUGAGUUUGGCGACUCUGUGACAUUUGUCUGCUUCAGGGGCAUGGUGAUGAAUGGACCAGGCACUGUCACAUGCAGCCUGGACGGGACAUGGACUCCUGCCCUUCCCAUAUGUCAAUAUCGGUAUUACUGAAGGUCUAAUACCAUUGAUCAUUAUACUGAAUGUCGCCAACUCAACCAUUUUACCAUAACUUUUACCAUAAUAAUCAAACUCAAUACAUUUUAUUAUAAUAAAUUAAUAUCCUAA